CUCUACACCGUCUCAUAUCUCAUCUUCUUCUCCAUUUGGGGAACAUUACUACGGCUCGGGAUCCAAUGGAGCACCUUCUACCCUGGCACCCCCAUCGUGACGCCAGCCGUGUGGGCGAAUUUCGGCGGAAGUCUCAUCAUGGGCUUCCUCCUCGAGGACCACAACCUCUUCCGCGACGUCUCCCGCACGAUCCUCUCCUCCGAGAAACCGCAGAACUGGGAAGACCUCAACGACAAGGACGAGCUCGCCAAGCAGAAGAAGCGCUCCCCGCUCUACAUCGGCCUGGCCGUCGGCUUCUGCGGCUGCCUCACCUCCUUCUCCGCCUUCGCCCGCGACAUCUUCCUCGCCCUGUCCAACGACCUCCCCACGCCCAACAGCCACCCCUUCGACACCGCGCCCCUGCCGACGUACUCCGCCGACCGCAACGGCGGCUACUCCGUCGAAGCCGUGCUCGCCGUCGUCUCCACCACCCUCGCCCUCUCCCUCGGCGGGCUCAUCGUCGGCGCCCACCUCGCGCAGUCCCUCGAGCGCCACCUCCCCGUCCUCCCACCGCUCCUCCUCCGGAAAGCCCUCGACCCCCUCAUGGUCUUCCUCGGCUGGGGCUGCUGGCUCGGCGCCGUCCUCCUCGCCAUCUUCCCCCCGAGCGAGGCCUGGCGCGGCGAGGUCCUCUUCGCGCUCGUCUUCGCGCCCGCGGGCUGCCUGCUGCGGUACUACUCCAGCAGCACGCUGAACUCCCUCGUCGUCACGUUCCCGCUGGGCACGUUCGCGGUCAACAUGUUCGGCUCCGCGGUCGAGGGGAUGGCGUACGACGUCCAGCACGUCGGGGUCGGCAUCAUGGGCCUGCCCGGCGGCGGACGCAUCGGCUGCCAGAUCCUGCAGGGGGUCAUGGAUGGCUUCUGCGGCAGCCUGACCACGGUCAGCACCUUCGUGGCGGAGAUCAGGGCCCUGCGCAGGAGGCACGCGUACACCUAUGCGCUCGUGAGCGUGCUGGGAUCGUUGGGCUUGAUGCUCGUCAUCAUGGGCAGCGUGAGGUGGACGGUGGGCUGGGGCGAGGCGGUCUGU